AUGUGCGAUGCCGGUACGGUCCUCAUUUUCUGUCCGAUUUUCGGGUACCUGGUCGACGGAGCACGCAUCCACCAAUUCGCCUUCCUCUGUGCGCUCGUCCUGCUAGCCGGGUGUAUGUUUACCCUGCACAUGUCCCAUUCACUGGAGAUGUUUGUCAUGGGUCGGCUGCUGCAGAGCCGUGCGGAUGCUCUGGUCGUGGUUGCCGCCUUUGCCCUGCUCAAUGACUCCGUGCCACAGGAGCGUCUCGGCCAUUGCUUGUGGGGUUCUGCUUGGACCGUUUCUGGAUGGGCUCGUGGCGGUUACGACGCCGUCUUCUAUGGUGCGUGUUCCAUCAUCGUGGUUGAUAUGGGGAUGCGGAUGGCCCUGGUUGAGAAGAAAGCUGCGGAGAAGUGGGAUCACAGGCCCAGCGGCGAGGGAUCAAGGAAACGCUUUGUCGAGGUCCAGAUCCUCAGGCAGCGGCGGGUGUUAAUUUCCUCGUGGGCCGUUCCGGUGCAGGGGGUAUUCCAGUCUGCAUUUAAUACCAGCCGUGCCGUCAAUGUCGGCAAGGCUGACUUAGGUUCAGACACUAUCCAUCUUCGUUGA